CAACAGAGAAGCUGAAUGCCAAGCCUGGUUUCUUUGCUUCCCUGGUGAACACGGUGGUUGAACUUCUGGGCGAUGCUUUCCCUGAGGUCAAAAAAGAUCCCCAACAUAUUAUGGAUAUUAUAAACGAGGAGGAGCUGCAGUUUCUUAAGACUUUGACUCGCGGUCGCAAUUUGCUCAAUCGCACCAUUGAAAAGCUGGGCGCUAAUCAGACCACCAUACCCGGCGAUGUUGCCUGGCGUCUUUACGAUACCUAUGGCUUUCCAGUGGACUUGACCCAGCUUAUGGCAGAAGAAAAGUCUAUGCAGAUCGAUAUGGCUGGCUAUGAUGCAGCUAAGCAGAACUCUUAUAUUCUGUCGCAAGGCAAGGGAGCUAGCAAAAUUGAGGAAAUCAAUCUAGAUGUGCAUGCCAUAUCACAGCUGCAGGAACAAGGCGUGCCACCCAGCAACGACUCCUUCAAAUACAAGUACGAAGCAGAGUCAGAUGAGCACAACUCCCCCUAUAAUUUCAGCGAGUGCACCAGCAAAAUUGUUGCGCUACGUUUUGAAAAUCAAUUCGUAAACGAAAUUAGCAGCGGCCAAAAGGCAGGCAUUGUGCUGGACAAGACCAACUUUUAUGCUGAAAGCGGUGGACAAAUUUAUGACCAGGGUGCGCUCGUCAAGGUUAACGACGAAGCUAACGAGUUUCUUGUCGAUCGUGUCUACAAUCGUGGCGGUUAUAUAUUGCAUAUUGGCGUAGUGGAAGGUCAUCUGUCUGUGGGCGAUGAGGUGCAGCUGCAUAUUGAUGUGGAGCGUCGUUGGCUGACUAUGAAGAAUCAUUCUGCUACACAUGCACUAAAUCAUUGCCUGCUGCAGGUGCUGGGCAAGGAUACAGAGCAGAAGGGCUCGCUGGUGGUGCCCGAAAAGCUGCGCUUCGAUUUCAACUGCAAGGCUGCCAUGACCAUUGAGCAGGUUGCCAAGACAGAGCAGUUGACGCGUGAUAUGGUCUACAAGAAUAUGCCCAUCUACGCCAAGGAGUCCAAACUGGCCAUGGCCAAACGCAUACGUGGACUGCGCUCUGUAUUCGAUGAGGUCUACCCCGAUCCAGUGCGUGUGAUUUCCUUUGGCGUGCCUGUGGAUCAGCUGGAGGAGCAACCCGAUGCCGAAGCUGGUGAACAGACUUCUGUUGAAUUCUGUGGCGGCACGCAUCUGCGUCGCUCUGGUCAUAUUAUGGAUUUCGUCAUAAGCAGUGAGGAGGCUAUAGCCAAGGGCAUACGCCGCAUUGUGGCCCUGACUGGACCCGAAGCCUUGAAGGCGCUAAAGAAGAGCGAAGCCUUUGAGCAGGAAAUUGCCAAGCUUCAAGCUACUAUUGAAGCAGACAAAGCUGGCAAGGAUUCCAAGCUAUAUGUAAAACAAAUUGUUGAACUUACCGAACAAAUCUCGCAUGCUACCAUACCGUAUGUGAAGAAGGAUGAAAUGCGCAACUUACUCAAGUCUCUCAAGAAGACACUGGAUGAUAAGGAGCGUGCUUUGCGUGCUGCCGUCUCCGUUACCGUGGUGGAGCGUGCCAAGGCCUUGUGUGAUGCUGAUCCCAAAGCCACUGUGCUGGUACAGCAGCUUGAGGCUUACAACAAUACCAAGGCACUAGAUGCUGCGCUUAAGCAGGUGCGUUCGCAAUUGCCCGACGCUGCUGCCAUGUUCAUCUCUGUCGAUGCGGACUCAAAGAAGAUCUUUUGUCUCUGCUCGGUGCCCAAGACUGCGGUGGAGAAGGGCUUGAAGGCCAAUGAGUGGGUGGCCCAUGUGUCACCCGCGUUAGGCGGCAAAGGUGGCGGCAAACCCGAGUCCGCUCAAGCUUCGGGCAGCAACUAUGAGCGUGUUGAUGAAAUAGUUCAGCUCGCCUGCCAGUUUGCCAAGACCAAGUUGGCCUAAAUAUAUCCCAUACUCACAGGAAAUUAUUAUUAACUUAAGAGCUGUUCAAAACGGUUCCAACUGCAUUUGAAAUGAUUUAUUGCUUAUUUAUG